AUGACCGAUCCUAUCCGCACAGGGGCUCCGGCCACCACUGGAGCCUCUUCUCAAAGACCACUCAGCGAUGUUACAGACCAGAGCAUCCUCACGCGAAUGGCUCGAUUCCGAAAGAACCCUUUUAACUUUGCUCAUGAAAUCUCUCUUUUCGUGCGGGGCGUUGGCUGGCGUGGCUAUGACAACAUUCUUGGCCAACCGUGUUUUUACUCGGGCUACACGGCCAAGCUCAAGUCUGCAACCAUGUCUUCUCCAAUCCUGAGACAAAAGCUCGUGGAGCUGACUGAGGCCCGGUUGCAAGUCGAAGAGGACGAAGCCCUAUUGGAUCAGUCAAGCCCGACUUACUUGCAAGAGAAGGAGAAAAGAAAACAUGAGAUAUCCUUCCAAUUGAUCAAAAUAACCGGCGACAUGCUGGACUACAUGAUGUGUAAGAUGGAAAGCAAGCCUUAUAUCAGAGCCGCCUUCUAUGGUGCUACACAGCUUCUCACCAGAGUGUAUAGUGGUAUUCAUGUAUCCGAAGCUGAGGUAAAGAGGUUGCGAGAAGUCGCGGCUGUAGCUGCCAAGAAGAAGCAGUCCAUCAUAUUCCUACCUCGACACACCAGCCACGCCGACUAUGUCACCCUACAGCUGGUUUGCUACCGUCUUGGACUGACGCUCCCUGUCGUCGUUGCUGGAGACAAUCUCAACUUCCCCGUCGUGGGCGGUUUCCUUCAGAGCUGUGGAGCCAUGUGGAUCCGAAGGAGCUUUUCUAAUGAUCAACUUUACGCCACACUUGUCCAGGCUUAUCUUGACACCAUGCUUCAACAAGGUUACAACCUAGAAUGCUUCAUCGAGGGUACUAGGAGCAGGACUGGCAAGCUAUUGGGGCCGCGCUUUGGGAUCUUAAGCUUUCUCCUUGACUCGGUAUUGUCUGGCAGGACCCAAGAUGCAUACAUAUGCCCCGUGUCUUUGCAGUAUGAUAAGGUCGUUGAAGUCGAUUCCUAUGUCAACGAAUUGCUUGGGAAGCCCAAACAGAAGGAAAAUUUGGCCGAUUUCAUCUCAUCUUCCUCAGUGUUGUCCCUGAACCUCGGCAGAGUUGACUGCAGGUUCCACGAGCCUUGGAGUCUGAGGGAUUUCAUAAACGAGCAACAAAGCCGUCAAGAUCUAGCCAGUCAGCAUAGUCUGGUGGAAAGUUCUCGAGAGUCUAGCACGCGAAUCAGACUUUUGAGAACACUGGGUUACAGGGUACUCUCAGACAUCAACUCCGCCGCUGUUAUAAUGCCCACAGCACUUGUGGGCACCGUCCUCCUCACUUUACGCGGACGUGGUGUCGGCAAGUCAGAGUUGAUCCGAAGAGUUGACUGGCUCAGCGAAAGGACCCGAGCAAACAAAGGAAAGGUUGCAGACUUCCACGGCAUGCCCACAUCGUUUAUUGUUGAACGUGCGCUGGAGGUUCUCGGCCCCAAGCUGGUUGGGACUGUCGGUGGCCUCGCCGAAGAGACAUAUUAUGCUGUCGAUCGUUUCCAACUAUCCUUUUACAGAAACAUGACCAUUCAUCUCUUCAUCUCAGAAAGCCUCAUUGCAGCAUCUCUGUACACGAAGGUGAAGCAGGGAGGAGGUAGUGCAAAUCAGAGUAUGCAAGAGGCAGACCUGAUAGACAAAGUAACCUUUUUAUCACAGCUCUUCCGGGGAGAGUUCAUUUUCCCCGUGGGACAGGGUCUGAGGCACAAUCUAGAGGAUGCCAUGCAGGGACUGACACGCGAUCGAGUGCUUCAAAUAGCAGAAACUAAUAAUCAGAGAGUCGUUGGGCUCUCGGAUGCGGAACGCAAACUUGGUCGGGAGAACUUCGAUUUCUACUGCUUUCUCAUUUGGCCAUUCGUGGAUGCUGCUUGGCUUGGAGCAGUCUCUCUGUUGUGCCUAGUCCCUCCCCCCGGGUCUUCGAUCAUCUGGAUUGAUAUGCAGAUGGCACAGAAUAUGGCACAGCUGGCUGGAAGAACUUUGUAUCAUCAAGGCGACUUAUCUUACUUUGAAGCGAUCAACAAGGAAGCACUCAAAAAUGCAUACAGUAGAUGCCAGGAGGAGGGAAUCAUUCUUGUAGCGAAGAGUAACAACUCCAAAGGUGGACCAACAGUACGAUUAGCCCCCGAUUGGACUCCUGAAAGAGACACUGUCACAGGCGAAUUGAGCGCAUCUGGACGGCUUUGGGAUUUCAUUGAGAAGAUUGCGUCGUACCGGCGAGAAGGCAAGAACAGGCGCGAUGGCGCCGCAGUAUCGACGCGUGUGUUGUCGUUGGCGGCCAGGCUAAAUCAGCAAUUAUUCCAAGACGCCGAAACAUCAUUGACACCGACAAAGGUGACCCCAGUACGAGAACGACGAAGAAGAUCAAAAUUAUAA